AUGAGUGCCAGAAAGCUUCAACAAGAGUUUGAUAAAACUAAUAAGAAAAUUGCCGAAGGAUUACAAAUAUUUGAUGAUAUUUAUGAAAAAUUAAUGACAACUGAGAUUAAUUCUCAAAAGGAAAAGUUAGAAAGUGAUUUAAAGAAAGAAAUUAAAAAAUUACAAAGACUGAGAGAUCAAUUAAAGCAAUGGUUAAAUGAUGGAAGUAUUAAAUUAGAUAAAAAUAUUUUACAAGAUAAUCGAACAAGAAUUGAACAUGCUAUGGAUCAAUUUAAAGAUUUAGAAAAAUCUUCAAAAAUUAAACAAUUUUCAAAUGAAGGAUUAGAAUUACAAUCUCAACAAAGAAGAUUUAAUAAAUUUGGUGAUGCAGAAGAUGCAAAACGUCAAGAAGCUUAUAAUUAUUUAACUGAUAUAAUUGAUCAAAUAAAUCUGCAAAAUGAUACUUUUGAUCAAGAAGUUAAUCUGUUAUCAGCAUCAUUAAAGAAAGCAAAAUCUUCAAAUAUUUAUUCAAUUCAAUCACAAAUUGAUGAUAUUAAAUAUAAAAUUGAUCGUAAUAAUAGUCAUAUUGAUAGAAUUGAAAAAAUUUUAACAAAUUUAGAUAAUGAAAAAUUAGAUCCAAAUAAAGUUGAUGAUAUUAAAGAUGAUUUAGAAUAUUAUGUUGAAAAUAAUCAAGAAGAAGAUUAUGUAGAAUAUGAUGAUUUUUAUGAUCAAUUAGAUAUUGAAGAUGAUGAAAUUGAAGUUCAUGGAUCUUUAUCUCAAAUGGCGGUUGAUCCUCUGGAAUAUGAACCUAAAUUACCUGAACAAGUUAAAGAUACUCCAAUAACUCCUUCUAAAGAUGAUGUUACUAAAACUGUUUCAAAUACUUCAACAGGUUCUGGUUCAAUUUCUGGUUCAACAAUUAUAGGAAUUCCAAAUUCAACUAUUGGUAAUAGUGGUCCACCUUCGGCAACAAUUACUCCUACAAAGAAAAUUGUAAAACCUUUAAUAUCAACAACAAUAACUAGCAAUACACUUUCUUCAUCAUCAGGAACUGUACCACCAUCUUCAUCAAUAGCUCCUCCUCCACCUAUCAAUUAUUCUAAUGUAAUAAAAGCUGUACAAGCUGCUCAAGCUGCAUCACAUGGACCUGGAUCUGGUCCAUCUUCAACAUCAAGUACAAGCGCUCCUCCUGGACUUUUCCCUUCAUCAGGUGAUAAUAUAGAUAGAAAUGAAGAGCAACAACAAAAUGAAAACAAUGAAGAUAAUGAAGAUUAUGCUGAUGAAGAUGAAAAUAAUAAUAAUGGAGAUAAUAGAAAAGAGGAAACGGCACUGCCAGAACAAGAAUCAGAGGGAAUUUAUAAACUUAAAAGUCUUUUCCAAUCUCGUAUACAUAAACCAUUAGCUUAUAAUACAGUUAGUCAAAUGGUAGAAAUAUCAUUAAAUAAUUGUCCUGAUUCACAAGAUAGUGAUAAACCACGUCAAUAUCAUCCUCAAACCAUUCAUCCAUCAUCUAUUGAUUAUCCACAAGAACCAAUGUAUGAAUUAACUUCACGUAAUAUAUUUAAAAAAUUUGAUACUGAUACAUUAUUUUUCUGUUUCUAUUAUAGUGAUGUUCAUGAUCAAAUUCUGAGAUAUAAUGCUGCACGUGAAUUAAGUAAUCGAGGUUGGAUCUUUAAUAAAGAGUUAAAGCAAUGGUUUCAAAAGGAAGAAGAAAGAAAAUCCAUAAGACCAUCUGUAAAAAAGCAAAGUAAUUAUAAAUAUUUCGAUUAUGAAAAGACCUGGUUAACUCGAAGAAAAGAAAAUUACUUAUUUGGUGCUGAAUUGAGAGAAACCUUUUAG